AUGGCGCCGUUCGAGGCCGUAAACGACUUCACGGGCAUGCGCGUUAUCUCCGACUGGGAGCUGGGCGGCUCCGCGGUGGCGCACAGGGGGUUCGUGCGGCUGACGGCGGAGAAGCAGUCGCAGAAGGGGUGGAUCGCCAACCGCAACUCCUUCGAGGGCGGCGAGUGGAGCCUCGCGAUGGAGCUGCGCGCGACGGGCGAGUCGCAGGC